AUGUUACUCACAUCUUGUCCCUCUUUUCUGAAGGUCGCCUUUGCAUUGGGCGUCCUCAUCUCCGCCACAUCAGCGACAUCAUCCCUCAAUCCCGUUCAGCCGGGCUACAAUUGUACCUCUCGACAAUCUUGCUGGCCAUCAGACGAAGAAUGGAGUAGUUUCAAUAGCAGUUUGUCCGGAAACCUCCACCGAACGGUUCCAUUCGCCGCAAGCUGUUAUUAUGAUUCUCCAUACUAUAAUUCUUCGGCCUGUGCUGUGGCGGAAAAGAACUACCUUGGCAAUCAGGCACGCACAGAUAUAUAUGGCGCAGCAACAGGGCUUAAUUGGGAAUCCUGUCUAUCCGAAACUUGUGCCCUGGAUGCUUCCAACCUGUCUCAAAGUCUGUCAUCCGAGUGUCACCUUGGCCGACUAUCAUCAACAUAUGUUGAUGCUCGCGAAAUAGAACAGGUUGUGACGGCCGUCAAAUUUGCCAGAAUGCAUAAUCUUCGAGUCACCAUCAAAAACACGGGACAUGACUACUUUGGACGCUCUACCAGCCCUAACAGUCUCGCAAUAUGGACCCACAACUUGAAAAAUAUGACGUACCAUGCAAAUUUCAUUGCAUCCCACUGUACUGCCUCCAACGGGCAGCAUAUCGGGGAGAUUGGAGCGGGUGCUCAAGCAUCGGAUGUGUACAGCUACUUCCAGAACCAUAACAUGGAUGUUACUGGUGGCAACGAAGGAUCGGUCGGCCUCGCUGGCGGCUUUGGUCAGGGAGGUGGGCACGGCGUUUUCGGUCCUUCCUAUGGCCUCAUGGUGGAUAACGCGGUCGAGUUCGAUGUCGUGACUGCAGACGGCCAAUUGCGGACGAUCAAUCAAUGCAAUGAGCCGGACCUCUUUUGGGCCAUGCGCGGUGGAGGCGGAGGUGCGUUCGGCAUUCUGACCAGCUACCGCUUCCAACUUCACCCGGCGGUGAAGAUUAAUGUGUACUCGUUCAGGGCCAACUUCACGGCAGAUGGCAACGAAACUACCAAUUAUCCUGCAUUGGAACAGGUUCUCACAAAACACGCAACUUAUCAACCCAUCUGGUCGCACAGCAACAUUUCAGGACAUGCUUACUACUGGCCAAACAAAGCUGAAAUCUACCUUGUCCUCCCUUCGAACAAUAAAACAGCCUUACAAACCCUGACCAGUGGAUUCUCCUCUUUUUUGACAAACAGCUCGGAUAUCCACGUCACUGAGAGUAACUACACCACAUAUUCUACAUACACCGAGUACUUGCAGCUUGCAGAAUCCAUCGCGGCAAGGCUAACGCCCGGUGGAAUCUUUGAAGCUGUCUCAAGUCGGCUGAUACCACGAACAUUAUUCCAGACAAACAGCACGAUGACCGACUUAGUCAAUGCUACCCUCCAAGGAGUUCGCCUCAGCAAUGAAUUGGUACCUGAUGGCGCCUCCCUGACCCAAGUCAUCAUGACGACGCCAGUAAACCAUCGAAAUGGAAACACGACAAGUGCCAAUCCUGCUUGGCGCUCCGCUCUCUGGCAUUUGCUUAUGACAGGCGGAUGGACUGAAAAGCUGAGUGUUUCAAAGGAGAAGGCAUUGCAAGACUCAUGGCUGGAUACCGUCGAGCCACUGAAACGUUUGACGCCCGGGGGAGGAUGCUAUGUGAACGAAGGCCAUUACUUGGAACCGGAAUGGCAAUGGACCUAUUUCGGAGCCAAUUAUCCUGAAUUGCUCCGGGUCAAGAACAAGUACGAUCUCACCCACUUCUUCGAUUGCUGGAAAUGUGUCGGCUGGGAGGGACGGUCUGAGUAA